UUAAAGUUAUACUCAAAGACUGAAAUAUUUGCAUCUAAUAUUUAAGAAUUUGUCAUUUUCGUUUCUUCAGCAAAAAGAACACUGGCUGAGAACUAUUCCAUUAUAUCACAUAAGCUAGCAACAGUAUGGAUUCUUCCAGUUUAACCAAAAUUUCUCCGAUUGAAUCCGCUGUAACAAAUGUUCUUACAGUGUCAAAUAUAAUUAAAGUGGGGUGGUGUAAAUAUACUUAUUCUUGUUCUGGAGACCAACUCCGUUCAUUUAUCACUUCUACCCCUUCGUCUGAAGUUGAAAAUAUAUCGCGUAUCGACGAUCCAAUCGUCGUUAAUUAUAUGGUAUUAUUAGAGAAAGGUAUACCAUGUACGUGGAAAUACAAGGACGAAAAUGAAAAAAACUUUGAAAUUUUAUUUACUGAUAAAAUGUUAGUUCGUGAGUUAUAUGUCUUCUGGCUUGAAGACGCCGAAGAACAUCCUUCAACCCUGGAUAAUUUAACUAGGCUUGAGAGCCUUGAAGUUACUGAAAAGGGAACCUUCACAUGGGAAGACUUUGAGAGCUCAGCAAUACAAUUUGACCUUUUUAUAAGAUCAAUAAAAAAUUUAAUAAGCCGAACAUUAAUAGGGAAAGGUGCAGUUCCAAUGGGAGAAUUGCAUUUAUUUCCAAAGUUUCAACAAAAAAUAUAUGAAUGUAUAUUGUCUUGUAAAUAUAAUAUUCACAUAACAUCGACUAAUCUGGUUGUAAAGCCAGUUGUUAGAUAUCAAAGUUUGAGGCCGUUAGCACCUUCUGACUUUUCCAAGUCGGAAGAAGUAAAGCUAGAAGUAGUAAAAGUCUUAUUGGCGCCUUCGGGUAUAAGGGGAAAUCUUUUACCAUAUCGUCGUUAUGAGGCUGAUGAUAUCGCGGCUGUCUUGAACGAGUUCAGAACUCUAUUUGGUCUUGACCUGUCAAAUUUGGAAGAAGAAUCAUCAAUACCUACAUUAGUGCAUGUACAAAUCACGCACGAUAAUCUCACCAAAGACUUUCCAUAUCCUGCAAAAGGAGUAUAUGUUAUAACUGAUAGUAAUAAUAUCUAUCGUUGUGAGGCUCGAGAUUCAGGAAUGGUUCCAGAAAUUUUUAAUAACUUUGUUGAUUAUUCAUCUGAGCAAAAGUUAAAGCCGAGCAAAUGGUGGUCGUAUAACGAUCAUUCAAAAGAAGCUGUGCAGAUUCUGAAGCUUAGAAAUUCCGUUGACCUAGGCACAACCUCUCCUGGUGUGGAUACAAUGACACCUAAUACUCCUGGAAUGGGAAAUGGUACUUCAAGUGCUAGCUCACCUGGGCAUAACUUGGGUACCGGUCGGUCCUCAAAGAAGAGGCCAUUGGAAACAAAAGCUUACCCAUCUCCACCAGACGCUAUACAAUCCAAUGAAAUUCAAAUGCCACCACCACAAAAUGACGCAGAAUUAACUGAUGAAAUAAUGGGAAUGGACGUUGGAUCGUACGAAUUUGACUACUAUAUGUAUGAUGAUAUUACCGAUGCCGAUUUUGACAAUUGUGAUAAUAAAGAUUCGCAGGCAAUUUCGCCGACAACAAACGAUCAAACGCCUGGCAAUAUAUCUAUAGUUAAUGAAGAUUCUCCAUCUGUUGGUCAAAAUCAGAUUUCUUUAGCCAAACAUAGACAACAGCAAAUCGAUCGUGACCUUCAAUUUGAAAUUGGUAAAGUUAAGCUCAGAUAUUGUCCGGAGGAUUACACCCCAUUAAUGUUCCACAACGAGGUUGAUAUGACUAAGUACAUGCCUGGAGGGAAGUUUUGUCGAGCUACUAAUCGUAAAAAGCGAAAACGAGGUUUCUUUUAUACUCCAGAUUAUGAACCUGCUUGGGUAUUAGAAGCAAAAAAGCCUAAAACUUCAGACGAUGAUUUAAAACCUAGCCAAAAGCGUAAUGAGGAGGAAUUGGAAUACUACUCUAGUGAAAGCGAUAUUGAUUAUACUAGUGAGAGUUGUGAAAGUGAAUCUGAAUCUGACAUUGAAUCAAAUGAUGAAUCGGAGGUUGAAUGGAAAAAUGAGAUUGGGAAUUCAAAAGUUUCAAAUCACCGCGAGCUGGGUUUUUUGAAUGCUGGACGUCUAAGUAUGAUAUUUAAUAUUUACGUUCUUUGUGAACGUCGACAACUUCGACGUUUAACAGAUUGCGAAGUUUGCAAUGAUACACAAUCCGAAAUGGCAUUACAAUUUCUUCGGGAACAAAUAGCAGGUGGUUCAUAUCCUUUUGGGGCAGGAAUUCAUGGAGAAGGCGAGAGUACUUUUGAAUUUAUUGAAACACGUAGACGAAUUUUGGAAAAUCUUAGUGAUGAUCUUCCUACAUCAUCUGCUCUUCCGUCAGAGCAGCAAGAAAUUACUAUGUCAUUAAAGAAUGUUAUCGAGAAAAUUUCUGUCAAAUUUCCUCGUCCAGAAAAUCAUCCACAAUUGUCCGUCAAUGGGCCGCUGUCUGUUCAAGAUUAUUAUAAUUUAAAUGGUGUUCAAUUCAAAAUUAACGAAGGUGUGGAGUCUAAUUUUCAGGUGCUCAAGACUCCUGAUAUAAUCGUUUGUGCCGAUAAAUUUCUCAUUGAGACUUCUCCGGAGAUUGUUAAGUAUUGGGAUAAGCACAAUCUCACUCCAUUCGCCGGAAAAAAGGACGUAAAAUACUUUGUCUUUUGUCCAGAAGGCGAUUCAUUAUAUUAUCAUGUGAAAAAUUUUUUCAACGAACUUCGGGUUCAGUAUGAGCUUCACUGUGUGUUAGGAAUGCACGAACCUGGAAUUAUACAAAAUCCAAAUUACAACUUCAAGCAAGGUAUUAUACCCAUUCGUCUAAAACCACAAAAUCGAAAUGAAACAGAGUUAGAUCGAAUGAUUCGCAGUUACAAAUCAACAUGCGAAGAAUUCGGUUCUUCAUUGGCAUCGCAUAUUGCUAAUUUUGAGAAAACACAACUUGUGAUCUAUCUUAUCAACCCAUUUAAUCAUUUAACGGCUUAUUAUGACAUAUUCAAGUGCUAUGCUAAGUUUUACACGUCCCUUGAAAAAUCAUUGAAAUCGGUCUCAACAAAAAAUAUAUUGAAUUAUGUAAUGCCACAACUCAUACCGAUUGAACACGUCGUUCGAUUCGGCGAAAAUUGUAUUAGGCCAUUUAGACAAAGACCUGUUCUUAAAGACUUGGCCUUCAGUGUAUAUACACGAUCAAAAUCUUAUAGACCACUUUUUAUUCUACCAAAGCCAUCUGUUGUUUCUGUCGGGUUUCAAUUGAUAAAGAAAGCACCUCCAGUAAGAGAACUUAUAGAAUACAACAAAAUUUUGCACAUGUCGUAUGGUUUUAGCUUUGAUCAACGCAGAUUAGUUAUGGUUUGGGUUGAUAUGGAGGGCAAAAAGCUUGGAAGUUACUCAACUCCAACUUAUGAGAGCAAAAAUCAAAUAAGCCUAGAAUCUUUAUAUAAAGAGACUUGGGGCAGGACAUGCGCUUUUAAUAAGCAUAUAGGUGGUUAUAAACAAAUUAUAAUUACUAAAACUGGUGUCAUGACGCAGGAAGAAAAAAAUUUAUGGAUCAAAGUAACAGAAGGCAAGGUGCCCAUUUUUAGUGUCAAUUUAGACACAACGCUUGAUAUCAAGCCGACAUUAGAUGGAAAUGGACAAAGUUCAAAAAUAUGCGGCAUGGUUUUGAAUCAUCCCAUUCCUGUCAAUGAUUUCCGACCAGAAGCGACGGGUUUUCUUGUCGAAGUGAACAAUAAUGAGACUGUAUCUAACACUAUUCAAGUUGACCUUUUAUACAACCCAAAAAAUGAAAAGAAAAAUACUGAGAUCAUGUGGGAUGUACUUAAUCAAUUCCAUGUACUUUCUUUCAUGGAAGUAACAACAACUCACAUGUGUUUGCCGAUUCAUGUAUUGAUGGUCGAACGCUGUUGCAGAGUAUAUUUGGGUGUGCCCGCUUAAUAUCAUAAUUUAAUACUGCGGCAAUAUAAUAAUUAGACUUCGGAAAUGAAAUCAUUGAAAAAUUUCUGUAUAUAGAAUAUUUUAUUUCUUACACAUUACAUCAUUUUAUUUUUAUUUUUAUUUUAUUUUUAUUUUUUUAUUAUUUUUAUUGCUAUUUUCCAU